AUGGCUGCUGGCUGCCUGCUGGCCUUGACUCUGACACUUUUCCAAGCUUUGCUGAUCGGCCCCUCGUCGGAGGAGCCCUUCCCCGCGGCCGUCACUAUCAAGUCAUGGGUGGACAAGAUGCAAGAAGACCUUGUCACACUGGCAAAAACAGCAAGUGGAGUCAAUCAGCUUGUUGAUAUUUAUGAGAAAUACCAAGAUUUGUAUACUGUAGAACCAAAUAAUGCACGUCAGCUGGUGGAAAUUGCAGCCAGGGAUAUUGAGAAACUUCUAAGCAACAGAUCUAAGGCCCUUGUGCGCCUGGCGGGGGAGGCAGAGCGAGUCCAAGCAGCCCACCAGUGGAGGGAGGAUUUUGCAAGCAAUGAAGUUGUCUACUACAAUGCAAAGGAUGAUCUCGAUCCUGAAAAAAAUGACAGUGAGCCAGGCAGCCAGAGGAUAAAACCUGUUUUUGUCGAAGAUGCUAAUUUUGGUCGACAAAUAUCUUAUCAGCAUGCAGCAGUACAUAUUCCCACUGACAUCUAUGAGGGCUCCACAAUUGUGUUAAAUGAGCUCAACUGGACAAGUGCCUUAGAUGAUGUUUUCAAAAAAAAUCGAGAAGAAGACCCUACAUUGCUGUGGCAAGUGUUUGGCAGUGCUACAGGCCUGGCCAGGUAUUACCCAGCAUCUCCAUGGGUUGAUAAUAGUAGAACUCCAAAUAAGAUUGACCUUUAUGAUGUACGCAGAAGACCAUGGUACAUCCAAGGAGCUGCAUCUCCAAAAGACAUGCUUAUUCUGGUUGAUGUGAGUGGAAGUGUUAGUGGACUGACUCUUAAAUUGAUUCGAACCUCUGUCUCUGAAAUGCUGGAAACACUAUCAGAUGAUGAUUUUGUGAAUGUGGCUUCAUUUAACAGCAAUGCCCAGGAUGUAAGCUGUUUUAAACAUCUUGUUCAAGCAAAUGUAAGAAAUAAGAAAGUGCUGAAAGAUGCAGUGAAUAACAUCACAGCAAAAGGAAUCACAGACUAUAAGAAGGGCUUUAGUUUUGCUUUUGAACAGCUGCUUAAUUAUAAUGUUUCUAGAGCCAACUGCAAUAAAAUCAUCAUGUUAUUUACGGACGGAGGAGAAGAGCGAGCCCAAGAGAUAUUUGCCAAAUAUAAUAAGGAGAAAAAAGUACGUGUAUUUACAUUUUCAGUUGGUCAGCAUAACUAUGACAGAGUGCCUAUUCAGUGGAUGGCUUGUCAAAAUAAAGGUUAUUAUUAUGAAAUUCCUUCCAUUGGAGCGAUAAGAAUCAAUACUCAGGAAUAUUUGGAUGUUCUGGGAAGGCCCAUGGUUUUAGCAGGAGACAAAGCUAAGCAAGUCCAGUGGACAAAUGUGUAUCUGGAUGCAUUGGAACUGGGACUUGUCAUUACUGGAACUCUUCCGGUUUUCAAUGUAACUGGCGAUAAUAAGGGAAACAUAAAGAACCAACUGAUUCUUGGUGUGAUGGGCGUUGAUGUGUCUCUAGAAGAUAUUAAAAGACUGACACCACGUUUUACACUUUGCCCCAAUGGCUAUUAUUUUGCAAUUGAUCCUAAUGGUUAUGUUUUGUUACAUCCAAAUCUUCAGCCAAAGAACCCUAAAUCUCAGGAGCCAGUAACAUUAGAUUUCCUUGAUGCAGAAUUAGAAAAUGACAUCAAAGUAGAGAGGUACAUUGACAAAGGAAACAGAACAUAUACAUGGACACCUGUCAAUGGCACAGAUUACAGUUUGGCCUUGGUAUUACCAACCUACAGUUUUUACUAUAUAAAAGCCAAAAUAGAAGAGACAAUAACUCAGGCCAGAUCAAAAAAGGGCAAAAUGAAGGAUUCAGAAACCUUGAAGCCAGAUAAUUUUGAAGAAUCUGGAUAUACAUUCAUAGCACCAAGAGAUUAUUGCAGUGAUCUUAAAAUAUCGGAUAACAACACAGAAUUUCUUUUAAAUUUCAAUGAGUUCAUUGAUAGGAAAACUCCCAAUAAUCCAUCAUGCAACACAGACUUGAUUAAUCGAAUCCUCCUGGAUGCAGGAUUUACAAAUGAGCUAGUCCAAAAUUACUGGAGUAAGCAGAAAAAUAUCAAGGGAGUGAAAGCAAGAUUUGUUGUGACUGAUGGUGGGAUCACCAGAGUGUAUCCCAAAGAAGCUGGAGAAAAUUGGCAAGAAAACCCAGAGACAUAUGAAGACAGCUUCUAUAAAAGAAGCCUGGAUAAUGAUAACUAUGUUUUCACUGCUCCCUACUUUAAUAAAAGUGGACCUGGUGCCUAUGAAUCAGGCAUUAUGGUAAGCAAAGCUGUAGAGAUUUAUAUCCAAGGAAAACUUCUUAAACCAGCAGUUGUUGGAAUUAAAAUUGAUGUCAAUUCCUGGAUAGAGAAUUUUACCAAAACUUCCAUCAGGGAUCCGUGUGUUGGUCCAGUUUGUGACUGCCAAAGAAACAGUGAUGUAAUGGACUGUGUGAUUCUAGAUGAUGGUGGCUUUCUACUGAUGGCAAAUCAUGAUGAUUAUACUAACCAGAUUGGAAGAUUUUUUGGAGAGAUUGAUCCAAGUCUGAUGAGACACCUUGUUAAUAUGUCCGUCUAUGCUUUUAAUAAAUCCUAUGAUUACCAAUCAGUGUGUGAACCUGGUGCUGCACCAAAGCAAGGAGCAGGACAUCGCUCAGCCUCUGUGCCAUCAAUAGCAGACAUAUUACACAUCGGUUGGUGGGCUACUGCUGCUGCCUGGUCUAUUCUGCAGCAGUUUCUCUUAAGUUUGACUUUUCCACGACUCCUAGAGGCAGUUGAGAUGGAGGAAGAUGACUUCACAGCCACCCUGUCGAAGCAGAGCUGUAUUACUGAACAAACCCAGUACUUCUUCAAAAAUGAUAGUAAAUCAUUCAGUGGUUUAUUAGACUGUGGAAACUGCUCCAGAAUCUUUCAUGUAGAAAAGCUUAUGAACACCAACUUAGUGUUUAUAAUUGUUGAGAGCAAAGGAACAUGUCCAUGUGACACACGACUGCUAAUACAAGCGGAGCAGACUUCUGAUGGUCCAAAUCCUUGUGAUAUGGUAAAGCAGCCUAGAUACCGAAAAGGACCUGAUGUCUGCUUCGAUAACAAUAACCUGGAGGAUUAUACUGACUGUGGUGGCGUUUCUGAACUGAAUCCCUCCUUAUGGUCUAUCAUUGGAAUCCAGUGUGUACUGCUUUGGCUGGUUUCUGGCAAUAGACACUGCCAGUUAUGA